AUUAAUCAGCCCCCCCAAGAAAUCCAAGCAGUUCUACAUAUAAAGUACCACCCGCUUCUCGCUAUAUUUCCCCCCACAUCAAUCCAGUCCUUCGUUGAGAUCAAGCUUCGCUCUCUCACCUCUACUAAUAACCGAAUUUUCGUACCUCUACCCGAAAACCACUAGCACUAUGGCUCUCCCAUUCGCCCCCCCUCCCAAGAGUGCUCUGGCCCGAUACCGACUGUUGUCGCCCUCGGCUGCCGUCCGAGUUAGUCCUUUGUGCCUUGGCACCAUGAACUUCGGCGACGCUUGGAAGGGGUACAUGGGUGAAUGCGACCAGGCCACGACUGAGUCCAUUCUUGACUUUUAUUAUGAUCAGGUAGGAAACUUCCUUGAUACCGCCAACAAUUAUCAGUUCCAGGAAUCUGAGAAACGGAUCGGAGAAUGGAUGAAGAAGCGAGACAACCGCGAUGAAAUGGUCAUCGCUACCAAGUACACCAUUAACUUCAAUGGUGGCCCUCAUGAGAAGAACAUCAUGUCGAACUUUACUGGAAACGGCACCAAGAGCAUGUUUGUUUCCAUUCGCAACAGCUUGAAGAACCUCCAGACCGACUAUGUUGACAUUCUCUACGUCCACUGGUGGGACUACAGCACGUCCAUCCCUGAGCUGAUGCAGGCACUCAACCAGCUUGUCAUCUCUGGCAAGGUCCUGUAUCUUGGCAUUAGCGACAGCCCUGCUUGGGUCGUGGCUAAGGCAAAUGCGUACGCUAGACAGCACGGGCUCCGGCCAUUCUCUGUCUACCAGGGUCUCUGGUCUGCAUCCAAGCGUGACUUUGAGCGAGAAAUCAUUCCUAUGUGCAAAGACGAGGGCAUGGGCAUCGCCCCCUGGGGAGCCUUGGGCGGCGGUAAGUUCAAGACCGAAGAACAGCGGAAGGUGAAGGACGGCCGCCAGGUCGAGGCUACCGAGGCCGAGAUCAAGGCCAGCAAAGUGCUCGAGUCGAUCGCCAACCGCAAAAACACCAUCAUCACUAGCAUCGCUCUCGCCUAUGUCAUGCACAAGACGCCGUAUGUUUUCCCCAUCGUCGGCGGACGAAAGGUGGACCAUCUCAAGGGCAACAUUGAGGCGCUCAACAUCAGCCUGAGCGACGAGGACAUUCAAGAGAUCGACAAUGCUGUCGAGUUUGAUCUUGGAUUCCCUCACAGCUUCCUCGUCCAGCCUGGGCAGAGCAAUGGAACUCAGGAUGUUUGGUUGUUGAAGAUGGGCGGCACAUUCGACUAUGUGUCCGACAAGAAGCCUAUCUCACCCGCCAAGGAAGUCAAGGAAGAAGUCAAGGAAUAAGGGGGCAGAAAGUCCGCCUUUGAGCCAUUAUCAGCAAUGGUUACCAGAUCGCUAAUCAUUAUCGGGCUGGAAGACACGGCAAGCACAGCUCACCUCUAAGAUUGUAUACCGUGCUGCCUGGCAGUCAUUCCUCAUAUUAGUUAUCCUGUACGAAGGUUUCAAUUCAGCCGUUUUUCCAGCUAUAAAUGACAGCAUUUGCAUGAA